CAGAUUUUUACCUUGUCAGCUCGCGGAUUCGAUCUAGCAACCUUUCGGUUAUUAGUCCAACGCUCUAACCAGUAGAAUACCUGCCGCCCCAUUGCCGCAAUCAAGUGCUAGUCUAAACUAGGAAACUCGGAAAUGUUCGACUUGCUAACUGGUUGUAGUUAUUCACGUUCCGCGUUCAACAAAUUAGCUAAUCGAAAUUUCCGAGUUCCCCAGUUCCGACUAGCACGUGAACAUAGCCCCUCUGCUCUUUCUCGCUCCACUCUCCCACCCCAUGCUUAUGCUCCAGCUGCUAGCGCCGCUGCCUGCUGGUGUCUGUAGCUGACUCCCCUCACUGGCCCACAUAUUCAAUGUACAGGUAGCUUAGACCAUGACAGGCAUCGCCGCUGCCUCCUUCUUCUCUAACAUUUGUAGGUUCGGUGGUUGCGGACUCCACUUCGAUUCGUUGGCCGAACUCAUCGUGCACAUUGAGGAUAACCACAUCGACACAGAUCCUCGUCAGUUGGAGAAGCAGGAGCAGCAGCAGCCCACAUAUGUUGCCCUCAGCUACAUCAACAGGUUUAUGACAGAGGCAGCGCGUCGGGAGCAGCCUGAGAGGCUGAAGAGGAAGGUGCACCCCAAGCUGUCUCAGUCUCUGACGGGCAGUCUGCCUCGUAGCAGUAACGUCUCCACUCCUCCCAGACGCAGCAGUGGGAACCUCACCCCGCCUGUCACUCCUCCCAUCACACCCUCCUCCUCCUUCCGUAGCAGCACUCCUACAGGCAGUGAGUAUGAUGAAGAGGAGGUGGACUAUGAGGAGUCAGACAGUGGUGAGUCCUGGACCACAGAGAGUGCCAUCAGCUCAGAGUCUAUCCUCAGCUCCAUGUGUAUGAAUGGAGGAGAGGAGAAACCCUUCGCCUGCCCUGUGCCUGGCUGCAAGAAGAGAUACAAGAAUGUGAACGGGAUCAAGUACCACGCCAAGAACGGCCACCGGACACAGAUCCGCGUCCGCAAGCCUUUCAAGUGCCGCUGUGGGAAGAGCUACAAGACGUCCCAGGGCCUGAGGCACCACACCAUCAACUUCCACCCGCCCGUCUCCACCCACAUCCACAAGAUGCAGCAGUAGUACCGUCCCCACAGAAAUAGAAUCCCUUGAACAUCAUCCUGUUCUAGUGAUUCUGUUUCUAUGGACCCACCAUCACCAGAAAUGGCUGUGUCCCAUUCCACACACACACUUUCCUUCUUCUUCCAGUACACUACUCUUUUAUUGCAUGCUUUAAAAUUACCUUAUUUGUAUUUUUUUUUUUUUACAUUUUUUGGAAUGUAUUUUCUUGACAGCUGUGUACUUUUUCACAUUUGAGCGAUCAUGUGUCUUUUUGAUAACGUGUUUGGCACAUAGGACUUGCUGUUAAGAUGAUGAUGCGUUUGAAAGCGAGCGUAUUGCCACGUUCAAAACACCUCGGAACUCUCCGACUUCAGUGCAGGGAUCUUUUUUCUUGUUUUUGUGACUGGGAAUUCCGAACAGUCAUCCAACUCGGAAACUCUGGCAUCUUUCUAGAGCUCUGACUUUCCGACCUGAAAAUCACUGACGACCUGUUUUUUCCCCCCGCGAGUUCCCAAUUGUCUUGAAAGCACCAUGAGUCAAGGUUCACAGCCAUGCUUCUGGGCUGUGUUCGGCAGAGCAAAACCCGGUGGAACAUUUACAUACAGAUAUGUUGUGUACAUUGCAACCUAAUGAAUUUGACUCGAGUGUUCAGGUAAUGCUGUGUUUGAAAAGGGGCAUGGGAGUGGUGAGGCCAGGGGAGAAAGCAAGCAUCACCACCACACCAUCACAAAACGGAGGCAAGAAAAUCUGAAUGUUUGUAAAAGAUGACGAUAUAUUCCUGAAGGAUGUAUAAACUUUCAAAAUCAGGUGUAAAAUAGUAUUCCCUUUAUAUUUUUUUUGCCAUGUUCUGAAAGUGUAGUUUUAUGAUUCACUUUGCUAGGAUUUUCACUAAACUUGUUUUGUGUUUUAGAACUAAAAGACUCUCAGGUGACAAUUCGCCACAGGCAUUUCAGCACCACAAUCCUGCCCAUGUGUUCUGAUAGGCUGCGUCCCAAACGGCGCCCUGGUCAAACAGAAGUAGUGCACUAUAUAGGGAGCCAUUUGGGAAACACACAGUAUUUUAGAAUCAGCUGUAAUGCUGUUCACUGGAAUCUUGGGAGUCACAGGAGUCCCAGUUAUCCAGAGCCCUUCAAUUCUAGGGUGCUGAUCAGUUAUCUUCUUCGCCAAAGCCGUUUGAAGCAUUUAAGCACUUUGUAGUAACCAGUUGCCAACAGAAUUAGGAUGGUUUUCGUUGCCAAUAACUCUCUGCUGCUGCAGACACCAACCUGACAUGUAGCAGUCACAGGAACUAGAGAGAGCCAGACCGGAAGUACUCAACUUUUCCAAGGAGUUUUACAUUUGUUCAGAUCUCCAGUGUUUCCUGUGGUGAGAUUAUGUAUCUGGUUGCCUUGAAUUGUAGACCACAAGAUUGAGUUCCAAUGCAGUAAGUAUCUGUGUAUAGCUUCAUAGUGACUCUUCAGGAAUGGCUAACUUGAACUAGAGUAGACAUUCUUGUCAAAAUAAAAGAUGGCCAGAUCUCACUUCUGGUCUAUUUCUCCUCUUUUGUCCCUCUAGCCUCUUAAUGUAGUCUUAUAAAAGGUACUGUGUCAUACUGGUGAUCAGAGAGAGCAAGGGGCUAAUCAACAACCCAUCAAAACAUCACCACUGCAUGGAAAUCAAUGUCCUUAUGGAACUACACGUUAAGUGUGCGUUCCAAAUGGUAGCCUAUUCACUCUAGUCCAUAGGGCUCUGGUCAAAAGUAGUGCAUUAAAUGGGGAAUAGGGUGCCAUUUGGAAUGCAGAAUGCAGAUGGUCAUUGACAGUAUUAUACUGCCAGUACAUACGGAGGGAAGUAUUUGAUAUGUGUAUAGUAAAUGUAUUGUCUCAAGUGCAUUAAAUUAUAUUUUCAUAUGUU